AUGGGCCAUCAGAUCUCGGCUCUGUCCAGGUGCGCUUGCGGUCCCGGCAUUCCGGGUGAGUUCGACUUUACGGGGUACACCAGGUAUGAUGGCGCGAACGAGCGGUCGGCACCCUCACGGCCCUCCAGCUCAAAAGUAACCGAUGAGGAUGUGUUGCAGGGAAGACGCCAGCCACGUGCAAAGACACACAGUGACACGGUCUUCCUCACUGCCGCACUCCGUGCGAGCAGCCUCUUGCGGCAAGUUGAUGGCGAUACGAUCAAGCAGCUCGCGGACGUGCUCGAGUACCACGAAGUCUAUGCGGGCGAUAAAGUCAUAAGUGAAGGCUCCGUGGGCUCGUAUUUCUACCUUGCGCACGGGACCGGCUUGGAAGUGGUGCUUCGUGGGGUUGUUGUCAGUAGCCUAUCUGCUGGACAAACCUUCGGCGAGCUCUCAUUACUGCACAAGUGCCCUCACACGUGUUCAGUGGUAGCGACCCGACGGGUGGGAGUCUGGGCAGCUGCCAGCGAUCUCUUCCGGCAGGCCAUUCUGUCCGCGGUGAAGCGGCAGGUGUCCGAUGUUAGGACUUUUCUGGAAGAGGUGCCCCUCCUGCAAAGCCUGUCUGCUCGGGAGCUGGACUGCGUGUCCGACAUGUCCUAUGUCAGAUCCUACGUUCCGGGUGACAAGCCGUUGCAGAGUGGCGUCGAGCUGAACCACGCGUUCUUCGUCAUGUCAGGGCAGCUGAAGUCCUCGAGUUCGCGUGGCCAAAAGGACCUUCUGGAAAGCGGACAUUGCGUUGGUGAGCGCCUGCUAUUGUAUGGAGACUCCUCAUCUGUCGACCUGGAGGUCACAAAACGAUGCGAACUCGUUUUCGUCAACGCGCGGAAAUUGCGGCAGCUGUUGGGCAAGCAAGAAGCUUCCAUCAAGUUGCAGCAGCGCAGCUUACUGUCGAGCUUGCUCUCAUCGUCAGUGUUUGCAGACCAGAGUCACUCGCUCGUGGCCCAAGUCGCCAAGUCCUUUGAGUUGAGCGAGUAUUUGCCAGGUGCGAAGAUACCACCAUCCAUUGGCCUCUUCGUGGUUUUGGACGGGGAGGUUCAGGUGGGUCAGCGUCCUGCUGCCCGGAUCCUUCGUGCAGGGGUGGUGGAAGCUCCACCUGCAGCCUGCAUGGUUACAGGAGGCACGACUGAUCGCCGCAUUCUCGGAUCGGCUCAUGACUGCCAUUUCGUUGCUGGGCACACCGGCUGCCGCAUCGCCGUGUUACCCGCGCUGAGGGCAGAUGACGCUUGUGGAAUGAAAGCGAGAGUGAUCAACGUUCUGUCGAGGGUGUCUAUCUUCAGGCAAGUCCCUGAGGCAACGCUGGAUGUGCUUUUCCAGUGCGUCAAGACCCAGCUGUACCGGAACGGAGAGGAGAUCGUCCACCAAGGCGAUAAAGCCUCUCACUUUUAUGUCAUUGCCGCCGGCGAGGUUAACAUGGUGAAGGAUGGUCGCACUGUGAGAAGGCUGGUGCAGGGAAGUUGUUUUGGCGAACGCGGCGUGCUGUUUGCAGAAGCCUGGUCCACAUCCUUCAAAGUCGUGGCAGCUGAAUGCGAAGUAUGGUUCUGGGAUCGAAACACCUUGCUCCAGGUUCUUGGAAAAGAAAGCCGGGCGUCUGAGCAGCUCCGUCAGAGGGCGUCCCUCCAAGAUCCUGGAGUGGGGCUGCAAGACUUGAAAAGGCUGGGGCAGGUUGGGACUGGCACAUCCGGCACAGUCUGGCUCGUGACAAGCAUGAAGACAGAGUUCAAAUAUGCUCUGAAACGAGUCAAGAAGACUGAUGGCAAGGUACCACAGGAAGUGCAGCGCGAGAUCCAGAUUCUCUCCGAAAAUGACCAUCCAUUUCUCAUGCAAAUGGUGAAGUCCAUCGAGACGCGCUCCUACAUAUACGUCCUAGCCGAGUAUGUCGGAGGUGGUGAGCUUUAUGCGGCCAUGCGGUCAAUCUCAACCGUUUUCAGCCGUCAACAAGCAAUGUUUUGUGUGGGAUCGCUGCUUCUGAUGCUCGAAGCCCUGCACGAGCGGAACGUGGUCUAUCGAGACUUGAAGCCGGAGAAUGUCUUGCUCGAUGCAGAGGGCUACCUGAAGCUGGUCGACUUCGGCACCUCCAAGAAGCUGGAAGCCAAAUGUGGCAGAACCUUCACCUUGGUCGGUACAACGCAUUACAUGGCUCCCGAAGUUAUGCGUGGCAAGGGCUAUGGCUUGGAAGUGGAUGUGUGGGCAUUGGGCAUCGUCCUCUACGAGCUUCUCUGUGGACAUCUUCCAUUCGGCGAGAACGCUGAGAAUCCCCGGGAGGUGUGCAGAGCAGUCUUGGCUGGAAGUCCAGCGCUUCCUCAACAUCUUGAACCCUGCGGGCGAUCCCUCAUCGCAUCACUUCUUGAGCCCCGGCCACGACGAAGACUCGGAUGCGGAGCAAAUGGGCUCCAGGAAAUCAAGGCAGGACUGCAAAGUAUGAUAAUGUGA